AUAUGGAGUUCUGAUUGAACGAAAACUUCUGAAAACUCGUUAAAACUGCUAUAGAAAUGUCGAAAAAGGUGUUUAUCACAGUUGGUACAACCAAAUUCGAUAAAUUAAUCGAAACAAUAAUGACAAAUGACAUUUUGAAGGAACUGAGUAAUCGAGGCUACGAUCACCUGAUCCUCCAGAUCGGAGCCUCGACAAUAGAUCCAGACUGCACUCCUCGUUGUGGAAUUAAAAAAAUAGAGUUCUUCAAGUUGAAGCCUUCGAUUCAAGAGUACAUGAGGAGUGCAGAUCUGGUGAUAAGUCACGCAGGUGCUGGCAGUUGUCUGGAGGCUCUGGAGGCUAGAAAACAUCUGAUUGUCGUUACCAACGAACUUCUGAUGGACAAUCAUCAGCUGGAGCUCGCUGAGCAGUUGGGGAAGGACAAUCACUUGUAUCAUUGCACGUGUGGAGAUCUCCUCGAGACCCUGAGGGUUAUGGAUCUUGGAGGACUGGUUCCUCUUGCUGGGGAUAACAGUGAAAAGAUCGCUAGGGCAAUCGAUCGAUUGAUGGGGUUUUGAUGAUCUUGGGAAAGAUCCUUUUCUUGAAGACUUGCUGCUGAGCAGAAAGUUAUUCAUAAUAAUUACGAAAGACCAUUUUACAAUUAACGAAAAACACUAGAUAAUUUUUUAAAUUAAUGAUUUAUUCUCCAUAUCAUCUUUCAACAUGAUUUACAAUAAGCGCAUUGUAAUAAUUAAAUAACAGUACAUAUAAUUAUGAUCUGUUGACGUUGAGUGAUUACAUCUCUGGCAAUGUUGGAUGUGAAAGCAUAUGUCACUGCAGGAGCUCUUCAUUAGCGUUUAUCCCAUGAUGAUGACCUCCAAUUACUUUCAUUAAUCA